GCGACGGGGCGGGCGGGCAUGAUGGGCGUGGCUGCAGGUCGCCCUUCCCCAUUUGCGGGUUCCACCCUUGGGUCUGACCCUGGAAUUCCAAGGCUAGCCUCGACUCGUUCUAUAUCAUCUUCAUCCGCACCCGGACUUCCAUCCAGGCACGCACUCCAACGUGGCAAUAAUCAAAGUCCUCGACCUUUGGUCUGACGAUCUGGGCAGAAAGAAACUCAGAGGCUGCUACUGGCGCAGAUAUCCCCUUUGAUGUGAGUCAUGGUAGCGCCUAUGAAGGGUCAAGUGUGUGUGGUAACUGGGGCCUCCAGGGGUAUUGGCCGUGGCAUUGCCUUACAGCUAUGCCAAGCAGGUGCCACAGUUUACAUUACCGGCCGCUAUCUGGACACCCUUAAAGCUACUGCCCAGGAGGCACAGUCCCUCGGGGGCCGGUGUGUACCAGUGGUGUGUGAUUCAAGCCAGGAGAGUGAAGUGAAAAGCCUGUUUGAGCAAGUAGAUCGGGAACAGCAAGGGCGGCUAGAUGUUCUUGUUAAUAAUGCCUAUGCUGGUGUCCAGGCAAUCCUGAACACCAGCAACAAGUCAUUCUGGGAAGUACCUGCCUCCAUUUGGGAUGAUAUAAACAAUGUUGGACUCAGAGGCCACUACUUGUGCUCUGUGUAUGGGGCACGGCUGAUGGUGCCAGCUGGCAAAGGACUCAUCGUGAUUGUCUCCUCCCCUGGGGGCCUGCAGCAUAUGUUCAAUGUCCCUUAUGGUGUGGGCAAAGCUGCGUGUGACAGACUGGCUGCUGACUGUGCCCAUGAGCUACGGCGACAUGGAGUCAGCUACGUAUCUCUGUGGCCAGGGCUGGUGCAAACAGAACUGGUGAAGGAGUUUAUGGCAAAAGAGGAGCAGCCUGAGGACCCUCUGUUUAAGAAGAUGAAACCAGAUUUCUCAUUGGCCGAAAGUACAGAAAUGAGUGGCAAGUGUGUGGUGGCCUUGGCAACAGACCCCAAUAUCCUGAGCUUGAGUGGGAAGGUGCUGCCAUCCUGUGACCUUGCUCGGCGCUACAGCCUUAAGGAUAUCGACGGCCGCCCAGUCCAAGACUAUUUUUCUUUGGGCUAUGCCCUCUCACAAGUCUCCAGCCUGGGAUGGCUGAACUCCUUCUUGCCUGGCUUCCUCCGAGUACCCAAGUGGAUUGUCACUCUCUACACCAGCAAGUUCUAGCCUCCUGAUCUGCUGUCCCAGCCCUUCCAGAACCUUGUCUCAUGAGGCUCAGGUGGGUAGGGCUGUCUCAGUGGAACAAACCCACUUUCCCACACACCCGUGUCCUCACCAUGAAAAGAAGGUGCCUGCUGGGCAUAUAUUACAUUCUGGGGGGCUCUAGUCGGUUCUUUGUGCUUUGGUUUUCCCUGUCCCUGCAUUUUAAAAUUUCGCUUGAAUAACUAUAAGUGCUUGUAAGUAGAAGUGAAUAAAGGUCUCAUCUCUCCUUCA